AUGGCAACUAUUUAUUCAUAUACGCGCAUGUAUGAUGAGUGCAGCUUGUUUUCGAAUCGAUCCACUGUUUCAUCUGUGAACAGCACGAAUGUGAGUUUUUCAUUUUUAUCUAUCUAUCUCGCUGUCUUUUCACUAUCUAUCUAUUUAUCUCUGCAUUUACAUUAUCUAUCUCUCUAUCUUGAUCAGUUUUGUCAUUAUCUAUCUAUCUAUCUAUCUAUCUGUUUUUUCAUUUUUAUCUAUCUAUCUAUCUAUCUAUCUAUCUAUCUAUCUAUCGAUCGCUUAGUCUUUUCACUAUCUAUCUAUUUAUCUCUGCAUUUAAAUUACCUAUCUCUCUAUCUUGCUCAGUUUUGUCAUUAUCUAUUUCCUACAUAUCUAGCUCAGUUUUUCAUUAUAUCUAUGUAUCUAUGUAUCUAUGUAUCUAUCUAUCUAUCUAUCUAUCUAUCUAUCUAUCUGUAUGUCUGUCUGUGUGUGUGUAUAUAUAUAUGUAUAGCACAGUCUUUUCAUUAUUUCUGCAUUUUCAUGAUCUAUCUAUCUAUCUAUCUAUCUAUCUAUCUAUCUAUCUAUCUACCCCGCUUACUGCAGUCAUUACCUAUCUAUUUAUCUAUCUAUAUCUAA